AUGGACAGCAUAACGACGACGGUCGAGCACGGCAACGUCACGGCGAUCGGGCCGACGGUCGCCGUCGUCUCCGCCGUGUUGGCACAGCUCGUGACGGCGGCAACAAGUCCGGGGACCGACCACGACUAUGGCUACGGUGGCGGUUACGGCAACGGCUCGACGGAGGCCUCACACUCGUUGGCGGGCGGCCUGGGCAAUGGGACCGAGGCUAAUUUAUGGUUCGUAACCUCGUUAGCCCUCUCGUCCCGGUCCCAGCAGCACCAGCAGCAGCAGCAACAGCAGCUGCACCAUUCGGCCACCGGCAGUGGACCGACCGGUGGGUCCGACGGUACAGGGGACGUAUCACCCGUGACCCUGUCGACCGAGUGGCCCCGGCUGGCCCGGCUCCUUCUGCUGGCCUGCCUCUCCGUCGUCGGCAGCAUCGGUAACGUGUUCAUGAUCUCGUCGGUGAUGAUUGAGGACCAUCUGAAGAAGGCAGGAAAUGCAUUCAUAGUGAACAUAGCGCUCGCCGAUUUACUUAUCACUAGCGUAGUGAUGCCGGCGUCCACCAUCGUCCUGCUGGCCGGCAUCGAUAACGCCGACACGGAAGUAUGCAAAUUUCACUGGUUCUUAGCUGCUUGCUCGUUUUUGGUUAGCAUUUUAACAUUAGCCAUGAUGGCGGCCGAGAACUAUCUGCGGCUCUGCACGUUCCAGAACGAGCGCGGUUGGUUCAACAAAACCAAUACGACCGCCAUCCUGUUGCUGCUCUGGGCGGUCGCUUGCAUCGCGUCCGGGAUGCAGUUUGUCUACGACAUCCGCUUCGACUACUGCAACUGGCGGGUGCAGCAGGCCAUCCCGCAGGAGGCCGGCGUGGUCGGGCUGAUUGUCCUGCUGCCGCUGCUGCUCACCUUCGUGACGCACAUCCGGCUGAUCGUGGACGUGAAGCGAACGAUGGCGCUGCCAAACUUUAAGCCCAGCCUUGCCUACACCUGGGACCUGUCGCUGGCCCGGACCAACUUCUACAGCUUUCUGAUUUUCGUCGUCUUCUGGCUCCCGUUCUGCGUCAUCUUUGCCUACGGAACGGCACGGCUCGUGUCGAACCGUGUCUUCUACACCACCGUGUGGAUCGGGCUGUCCAAGUCCUGUUUCCACAACGUCAUCUACUGCCUGACGAACCGCCACUUCCGCAGCGCCUACAUCAGCCUCUUCAACUACUGCUGCUGCAAGACGACGGUGGCCGUGUCGCGACGCCAGCGCUCCGACCCUGGCAAUCGGCCCACGGCGGACGUGCGGGUCCACAUCAUCCCCGGCUACAACAUGUACUCGUACACCAGCCCGCAGCGCUCCGGCAACUGCCACGGACACUGGGGAAAGCGCGACUGUCACGAGUUAUGA